UUUGGGCACCAAUUUAAACCGAGAGCAAACACUUCCUGUUUUGUUAACUGCAAUACACACGAGUAAACGACCAAAGAAAAGCCAAACAUCUGGUCUCUGUUUAAGCAUCUUUAUUGGGAACAAUCCACAGCGACUAGAGACUAAUCGAUCGCUGGUUCAACUUUAUGUUUAAGUACAGCCGAAUCUAUCCUAACUGUAACGCUAGCUAACGUAAAAGUCAGCUAACGUUUAACGUUAGCUUCGUUUUAAAAAGUAAGAUGCCGUCCCGUGUUGAGGAUUACGAGGUGUUGUUCACAAUAGGCUCAGGUUCAUAUGGAAAAUGCCAGAAAAUAAGACGGAAAUCUGAUGAGAAAAUCCUGGUGUGGAAGGAGCUAGACUAUGGCACCAUGGCGGAGAGUGAAAAGCAGAUGCUGGUGUCUGAGGUGAACCUCCUGAGGGAGCUCAAGCACCCAAACAUAGUGAGGUAUUACGACCGCAUCAUAGACCGGACUAAUGCCACGCUGUACAUUGUCAUGGAGUACUGCGAGGGUGGGGACCUGUCCAGCCUCAUCACCCGAUGCAUCAAGGAAAGGCGUUAUUUGGAGGAGCAGUUUGUCCUGCGAGUCAUGGCACAGCUCACAUUAGCCCUGAAGGAGUGCCACAGACGCAGUGAUGGCAGAGCAACGGUUCUUCAUCGAGACCUGAAACCAGCCAACAUCUUCCUCGACAUCAGACAGAAUGUGAAGCUUGGAGACUUUGGCCUUGCGAGGAUCCUGAACCAUGACACCAGUUUUGCAAAGACAUUUGUCGGGACACCUUACUACAUGUCACCAGAACAAAUAGACCGGAUGUCAUACAACGAGAAAUCCGAUAUUUGGUCGCUGGGAUGUUUGCUGUAUGAACUCUGUGCAUUGUCACCCCCGUUUACAGCUUACAACCAAAAACAGCUCGCAGAGAAGAUCAGAGAGGGGAAGUUCAGAAGAAUCCCGUACCGAUACUCUGAGGAACUAAACACCUUACUCAGCAAAAUGCUCAACCUGAAGGACUAUCUGAGACCCUCUGUGGAGUCUAUUCUCCAGAGCAGCCUGUUGGCUGAUGCUGUUGCUGAGGAGCAAAGGAGGGCACAGGUGCGUCUCCGAAGGAGGUCGGACGACUCUGACUGUCCCCUUAACAAGCCGGCUGAACCGAAGCCCGCCUCUGCCGCAGAGCUCAGACUCAGGGAACAGGCGCUACGGGACCGAGAAAAGGCACUGAAGGAACGUGAGGAGAGGCUGGAGCAAAGAGAGCAGGAGCUUUGUGUUCGUGAGCGAAUGUCAAAUGAGCAGCUUUUGAGGGCAGAGAGUUUAUUGAAGAAUUACAACCGUCUUCAGCAGCAGAGGGACCUGGCACCAUUCUAUGGCAAAGACAUAGAUGGAGAAAACCUCUCCCCUGGCAAAAAGAAGGUCCACUUUGCUGGUUCUGGUGAGAGCAAAGAGAACCAGCGGCCUGAUGCUCGUCCGAGUGUGACGUCCCAGGAGCUGAUUUUGAGGAGGCUGCAGGCGGCCAAGCUGCGUGCUCAAACACUGAAUGAAGUGGAGAAGACUUGUCAAUUCAAGAGCAGGCAGAUGCUCGGCAUCCGCUGAUCAUACAGAUAUCACUGUCUGACUACUGACUGAUAUGGGAAGACUAGGAGUCAUAAUAACUGGAUGUAAAUUAAGCUUUAUUUAUGAUAAUUCAGUAGCUGUGAUAGUUAAGCCAAAUGAUUGUUAUUGCUUUGUAGUGUAAGUUUUGUUUAAUUUUGAUGUGUGGAUGUGAUUAUUUUAUGACAGUUUGUGAAUGUACUGUGUAUUCUUGCUAGAUGUAUGUAUAUUUUGCUUACUGCAAAAUUACUGCUUAGGAACAGACAUAAAUGGGCAGGUUGUUUGAUGACUUGUAUCUACAACAAAAUGUAAAAACUUGUUAUAAUAGUAUAUAUGAAGAAUAUAUAUAUAGUAAAAUGAAAUAUCCAUACAAAAAUUUUGUUACUUUUUGUAAAACCAAUUACUCAAAACUACUUCCUUUAAGUAUACUACAAAUGCAAUCUAGAGUGCUUCAAGACAUAACCACAAGGGGUCACCAGGUUUCCAUGAAAGGUCAGCCACUGGAUUGAGAAACUAAUGCCAUUAAUUACAGGCAACAGCAAUAGGCUUCACACCUGAACGUUGUUUGUUCUUGAUUUAUAGCAGAUUAGAGAAU